UUUUGAACCUAAUAUGCUUGACUUUCAGGAGGAUAAGAGGAAGAGGGACCAAGACAUAAUUAUGUCCGCUCUUGAAGAUGAAGAUAAUGCUAAUUUAUUCAUAAGUAAAAAGAAUCGGCUUGGAGAUAACAGAACUCACGGAGAAGAUUUUUCAAAUCCAAACCAAGAAAAGAAUCAGUCUGGUACUGGAUUCAGAAGAAGCAGAUAUCUCAAAUAAAAUCACAGAUAUGGCUGAUGACAAUGAAUAUACUCUCGAAGAAGUUGAAGAUAGAAGAAAUAAAAGAUUUGAUCAUACUGAGGAAAGCGAGAUGUCUGAUAUAAACAGAGGAUUAAACAAGAGGAACAGUGUUCUGAAGUAUAGAAAGUCGGGCAAUAAUAUUGAGUCAAAUCAUGGCCAACAUUCUCAUAAUAAGUCAAGGGAACCAGCUGUUCAUAGUACAUCCCAGUUUAUAGCUCAGCCAGAGAUGGAGCCUAGUUUUAUCCCUUUGAAAAAUAAGAGAAAACCUGAAGUAGAAGAAGAAGAUCUUGAGGUCCACAUUCUGGACGACACAAAGCAAAAUAAGAAAAGCAAGAAUAAAUUUAUUAAGAAUAAAUGGAUCCAGGAUUUAGGCUCUGGUAGAGGUGACCAACUUGAAGAUCUUCAAAGUUUGGGCUCAACUCCUUCUGGAGACCAAUCCACUUCAAAAAGAAAGAAGAAAAUAAAGAAUUUUGAAAUAAACUCUAGUAAUAAGAGAGUAGAGGAAACAGUGGAACAUCUGAAGUCUACAUUUGAUAAGGAUGAAAGUCAUCCUAUUAGGCUCAAUUUUGAAAAAGAAACAGAGCAAGAAUCUAUUAGAAGAAGCAUAGUCAACAACAACUUUGUUGAUAGAAACAGUCCCGAUAAGAAAAAGAAGAGAAAGAAGGCUAAAAAGAGAGUUUCUGACAAUAUCAUACCUCUACAUCAACAAGAGGAUGCCUCUCCAGGCAAUUAUGUCAGUGUAAAAAGCCUUCAGCUAGAAGAAUACAAAGGCGAUGAGAGUCCCCAAGAUACCUCUCCUUAUGUCUCGGACUUAAAAGCUGAGGACUACCAUCAUAGUGCCUACAAAAAGAGAGCUGAUGAAGAGACUCCAAAACCAAAGAAGAAGAAAAAGAAGAAAAGAAGUUAUAAUAAUUUCGAACAAGAGUAUUCAGGCAGCUAUUAUGAAAAUGAAGGAAGCCAGUCAAGGAAAGAAUCUCAGCUAGAAGAAGUAGAAAAUAGCAAUGAUACAUAUCAUGUCAUGGACAGAAUAAAGAAAAGGUCUCUUAGGAAAUCGAGUAAAAAGGUUAUUACUGAAUUUCGUGAUGAUCACAAGGAGUUAAAUCCUAGUAAUAUUGAGGUUAAGCAAGAAGGACAGCUUUCUGUUGCUAAUACUCAUGAUUUCAGGAACCAAGAGACAUACAGUAACUCAAUUUUUGGGAAACAAAACCAGUCUCCUAGCAUCAAAGACAAUGUUCAAAUAGCUAAGAGAAUUGAAGAUCCUUACAAGCCAUUUACAAACGAUACACACAAAGAUGAAAAUGUGUCAAUAAAAGAAGGAGCUUUAGAAAGAGUUCCUGCUCGAAAUUAUGAAGCUCAGCAGCCAAAUAUAGAAGACAACUCGGGAGUUGAUCCUAUAUAUCCAAGAAAGAAAAAGAAGAAGAGAAGGACAAUAAAGGUUGACAGAUCUAAUAUAGUGCACGACUCUUCAAAAGAUCUGUCCGGAAUCAACCUAUCUUCUCAAAGUAUUGCUGAGCCUGAAAAAUCAGUUGAGCUUUCUCCAAAUGUGAGCCAGGUUAAAUUAGAUCAUGAACAGCCUAAGGAAACUAGGAUAGCUACUGAAAAUCCUACUCAAGCGGAAGCUAGUGUUGAGAGAAAGAAAAGGAAAAAGAAGAAAAAGAAAGUCUUUGACUUCCAGAAAAGAGAUAAUGAUCCAGAUUUCGAAAAUCUUAUUCGUUCAUCACAAAUGAAUCAAAUAUCCUCUCUGAAUGUUGCCUAUCCUCCGAAGCCUGAACCAGAUAAGAUGUCAGAUCAAUUUUCAGACAAAAACAGCUCUCAAGCAGACUUGAAUAUAGAUGGAGGUUUUGGUGCUUAUCCAAUGAAACCUGAAGCUGACAAAAGUCUGAGUAUUGGAGAUGAUGAACUUGGCACAAUAACUCCUGACAAGGUCUCAGGCAAGGCUGAAGAUUUCACCAACACUCUUUAUGACUACAACAAAGAGCAUGGCUACCAUGAAAAUAGUGGUCGGAUAGAAAUUUCUAAAAAACCAAAGAAGAGGAAAAGCAAGAAGAGCAUGAAUAGGUCUGAAAUGAGAGACUACAAACCCAAAAACUACAUUGAAAGCUCUGUCAAGCCCGAUAUAAAUGAGGUCCAGCAAGAGAACGAGAUCGAAUACAAAAGAGAUGGGUCAAUGGCUCCUGACAAAAGAAAGGAAUCUGGAAGAAUUUGGGGGAAAUACGACCCAGAAGAAGAGUAUAGCCCAAUUAAAAAGGCAGACAAUAAAAUCUUAAUGAGCGAAAGGAAGAAAUCAAGGAGAGAUAUGGCUAGCCAAGGCCAACCCAGAGUUAACUUCAGUGCUGAGAAGAAAGCCUCCAAGCCAAGAGUAGAUAUGAUGAAUAGGAAUUCCCAGAGAGGGAAUACAGUAGAGGAAAAGAAACAAUCUACGAACUCACAGCAAAGAGGCAUUCUAAAGAAGACCAAUAUGCCAUUAUAUUCUCGUUCAGGCACCAAGAGGAGAGAAGCUAAACCGAACCUACAUACUAAGGAUUUUAAUGAUAUUCAACUCAAGAACGCAAUGCUAAAGGAAAAUUAUGAAGGAUCCUCUAAUCCUAGUAGCAUGUAUACUAUGCAGACAGGCAAAAGAUCUCUAAAGGAUCGAAAUAGAAGAAGAUUAGCAGAAUCAAUCUAUGGAGGAGCUUAUUCUGUGACUAAGAAAAAGUCAACUGAAAGAGAGAAGAGAAGUGGUUCUAGAAAAAUCAAUUUUAGGAGUGAAGGAGGAGGCUCUAGCUACAAAGGAUCGGUAGAAAGGAAGCCAAGGCCAACCAAAGCUUUUGCAGAAUCAGCUCCAGGGAUAAAGGAUACCUUAAAUAAAUGAAGAGAAAAUAAAGCAAUGUUCAUAGCAACACUUUGUCAGCUUAAAGGUGCACAUGAAAGUAUAAGGAUGCUAUGAACCGCUCCUUUAUCAAGAGAGAUAGGGAUGGUUCAACUCGAAAUUACAAGAAAUGCAGCUGGCUUUAAUGCUUUCACUCCAAAAUAUAUUCUAUCGCUUGUAUCAACAGAUUCUAGAGGAAAUGAAGUCAAGCAAGAACUGAUGAUUGCCAAAAAAAAACUUGUUAAUAGAACUUCGAAUUACGUUUUGUCUCUUGAUAUAAAGAAUCCAAGAUCUAAAGGUGAUGCCUAUAUGGGAAAAUUAAGAGCAACUGAUUCCAAGAAGAAUGAAUAUUUUCUAUAUGGGCCUGGAGAGAAUCCUGGGAGGCUUAAAUCCGGCCAGCAACCAAGAAAGACAUUCUUUUUGGCUAAAUUUAGCGAUGAAGUUAUUGAAGGUCUAGGCAAAAUUAAGAAAACACAGGCUUUAAUGCCAUUCUUUGAUGAAAGAUAUACUGACGAUCCAUUCUCUUAUGAUGGAGUAGAUGAUCCUCAUGAAUUGGCUCUUUCCAAAGAGGUUCAUGCCUUAAAAUAACAAGAAGCCAAAGUGGUCUAAGAAUAAAGGAAGAUAUGUUUUUAAAUUUGGAAGCCGAGUAAAAGAGCCUUCAAACAAAAAUACACAGCUCAUUGAAGACUUUAGAUACGAUCCUGAAGUUUCAGAUUGCGAUGAAGGUAGUCAAGUUUCUCUUCAGAAGGAGAACAUUGUUUUCCAGUUUGGAAAAUUUGAUAAGUCAACAUUUAGCCUGGAUGUUCAAGCACCAUUCUCAAUUUUCCAGGCAUUCGGAUUGUGCCUAGCAAUUUAUGACACUAAUUAGAUGAAAUGUAAAUUAAUUUGCCAAUCAAG